AUGCAAAACGAGCAGGAUCUUACUGGAGCAUCUUAUGCCUUCACCUCCUCGUUGUUGCGAUUGUUCGUCAUCGCGCAUCUGGAGUUUCUGAUGGUUUGGACUUCGGACGCGGCCAACACCGUCCGAGGAGGGUACAGCCUCAAAGUGGACUUGCUCGAUCUGCAAUCGAGUGCAAUCAAACCUUUACCUCCAUCUCGAAGCCUCUCCCUUGCAAAGAGAUCAGAUGACGCGGCCCGACCAAAGUUGCUGCCCUGCCAAGCCAUGUCGCGCCUCAGGGGAGGUUCUCAAGACGUGGGGACUAGCGCCGGUGGCUCAGACACGGCUGGUCCGAACUUGGAUGUGCUGAAUGUGUCGGAAACUGCGCAAGGGCAAGCGCAGACAACGGUGAAGAAGAAAGGACCGCUGAGGAGGAUGACCCGGGCGCAUUCAGAGGUCACCUUCCCAUCCAUGGACUCCUAUGCUUACUCGGUGGAGACGGAGCUGGGUCGUCGAUGCAAGCGGAUCUACUUCAUAGGAAACGCUGAGGGGCUUCACAACACGGUCACCGCAAAGGAGCUCCUGGUCCACAACGGUGGGAUGGAAUUCUUCGACGCUGCUCUCUCCCCUAAGGGCUACGAGGAGUGUCAGCGGCUCAAGACGGAGAUUCUCUGCUCGAAACAUCCCCUCGACUUUCAGCUCGUCGUCGUCUCUCCCCUCACUCGCGCCCUUCAGACAGCAGAAUCAGCUCUAGGGGAUCUCAACCGUGCGACGCCAGCAUACUCUCGAGCUCGAUCGAGGUGCAUCAGCCCGCAGCCGGAGCCUCUGACGAUGGUGGAGAGUGACGACGGGAGGAACAACACGUUCCCGGGGAUGGACUUCAUGGACAAGGACUGGGACCAUCCUGCAGGCAUGUGGGAAGCGCAUCGCAAGUUUCCGCCGGGCUCGCUCAUCAACGAGGAGGAGGGGCACAAGUCGACGGUGGCAGAAGAGUUUUCAGCGCUGCACGACAAAUUGAUGGCAGUCAAACUGACUGAGGAGACCUUGACUAACCAGUCGGGCUCGAACGGGCAGCCUGCCUCAAGCGGCACGAAAAGGAGCCAGAGGAUCCCUAUCAUCGCCACGGACUUGUGUCGAGAGCGGAUCACAGGCCUGCCGUGUGACUGUCGCAGAUCUGUAACGGAGUUGAAGAAGGAGUUUCCCAAUGUAGACUUCUCGCUGAUCCGCUACGACGACGACUUCAUCGCGGAGAACUUGGUUGAGGACUUGGAGCUCUGCCGCAUGAGAGCGACUCGGUUCCUCCAGUGGCUUUGCUCGCGUCCAGAAGAGGUUGCCUCACGUCCAUCCUCGUCUGCUCUUCUAUAG